UUGACAACUUCUCUGCCGUCUCUUUUCUCCUACGAGUUGAUACUGUGCUCGCUGCUUCUCAUACCAUGUCAAACCGCCGCAUAUUGCUGACGUUGCUUACUUGCGUCUCUGUAACUACGCACGCCAUUCCUUCAUCAAUUGCUCCGGAAGAUCAUGAGCAAACAGUUGAGAAGCGACGACUAGGACCACUCAAGUUCUUAUUCCACUACCAGUCGCAAAAUCUGACUUACUCUGAAUGGAUCACACUGCUCACCCUGUGUCUUGCUCCUGUAGUGGUCCAUCUACUUGCCAGUGUGCCUGAGUCUGUUGUUCUCGAUGGAAAUCCACCGCGUUUCAUCGACUACCUUUGUCACUACAACCCAACUUCAGUAAUAUGGCGGUACUUUGCAAUAAUGGACAGCCGGGUACGCUGCCGCAACUGGACACCAGAGGAUAUGGCAGCUGCAAACGCACAUUUUUGGACACACGAAACAUGGGACAGUAGCCAGGAGAUGAGAAUCAUACAACGAGCUCGCCUUCAUAUGCCUCCACGCGCGUACAAUGCACCAUCCCGAUCGUACAUUGACCCCACCUCCGGGUCAGCUAUCAAAUCGGUGAUCGCCACAUUACAAGGUGUUCAGGCGAUGUACACCCUCAUAUCGAGUCACUCGCCCGGCAACGCGUUCAUGUCAGACCUCAGCCUUGCAUCCAUCUUCCAACCUUUCGCCAUACUCGGUCUGUUACGUCUCCCUGCUGCUCCUUGGAUGUCCGAACACUAUAUCUACGACUACCGGCCCACCAGAGGCUACUCCACGCUACGGACGACUGCAGUCGAUGAUGACAGCCAAGCCCCAAUGCUUUCCCUCGAACUCAAAACACUUCAGCCCAGCAACAGCGAAACACAUCCAGGCCCCUCCGCGGCUUUCAAAUCACAAAAUACCGCUAACGCAGUAUCCCAAAACUUUUACCCGGCCUCCAGUAUUCGCGGAAUUCUAAUCCGCGCCCUCUACCUCCUCGCAAUGCUCGCGCUGGCCGCUUGGACAUCCACCAAUCCCUUCCCCGAUAACACUAUCGGCACCACCUUCACCGUGACCGGCUACAUGCACACCAUCUUCUACGCUUUCUUCCUCGAUGCCACGGUCCUCAUCUUCGCAUUCUAUCUAUGUACCGGACGAUCUACGACUACUGUUAUACCGUGUGUGCAGCAGACGUGGUAUCAAGUGUAUACUGCGGUCGUAUUCUUGGGCAUGAUUCUGUUCAUUGUACUAGCAGCCUUGCAGACGAGAAAAACAUGGUGCGGUGCUUGGACCACUUUCCCGGUUAUGUGGGAGUGGGGUUGGAGAGAUUGGGAGCCUUGUCCGGUGGAUUGUGCGAGGCUGGGUAUAGUGGGGAAGGUACUAAAGGAAGGUAGUUGUGCUGCAUAG